CUAAAAUGCGGCAACACUUUCAUUACCCUAUACAGGGUACUAAAAAGCAAUAUUAAAGUUAUAAUAUUCUAGUUACUAGCUACUAGCAUUACCAAAUACAUUGCCCCAUAUGCCAUGUACCACCUACUCGGGUUCCUAGAAAAUCCCAGUAAUUCCAUUAUGCACCCCUUUCUUUGGGUAGCUCUACUUUUUGGUGGGCUAAUGGCGCGAUUAAUUUCCUACCAACAGUACAUAUUUACUAGCACGCGGCUGUUGGUGCGAGUUGAUAUGCUACUUAUUCAAGAAAUUUAUCGAGCAGCACUAAGAUCCUAUCAAUUCUCAGCGCAUAACAAUUAUGUGGAAAAGGGAACCGAGACAUUAAACCGACCGGAUCUGGUUACAUUGGUUUCCUACAACGUCGACGCUAUCGAUUCUGCGAGAGAUAUAUUCUACGUUGCCACGGCUGGCACGCUCUCGACAUUGAUUGCGAUGACGUUCCUCUACCACCUCCUCGGCUGGCCCUCUUUAAUCGGCGUUCUGACUCUGAUCCUACUUACUCCCCUCCCAGCUCUUCUAUCACAACGCAUGUCCCGCAUCCAACAGACCGUUCUGCGUGCGACUGACUCCCGUCUUUCCACAAUUUCCGAGUUCCUUCAAUCAAUCCGCACGGUCAAAUAUCUUGGUUGGGAGAGAGCUGUUGAGAAGAAAGUGAACGACAUUCGAGCGAUAGAGCAGGAGCGUCUCUGGAAGCGUAAUUUCCAUUCUGCGGUUAUUUCCAUGGCCGGGGACCUUCUCCCACUCUCCACCCUUUUGGUUAUGUUUUCUGUCUUUGUGCUGUUCACAAACCAGCCCCUACGUGCGCCCGAAGCCUUUACUUCACUCACAAUUGUGGAGACGCUCCGGUCUCAAUUUGUAUGGCUGGCUAAUGUUAGCCGCUGGGCUGCCCAGGGAAUGGAGUCUCUACGUCGCGUCGAUCGCUUUUUAGAGUCCGCCGUUGAGCUAAAGCGUCAUCCGGCAGGCCCACCCAUGUUCAACAACGCCACGUUCCACCCGACACCAGUCGCCGUUUUUAAGUUGCAGAAUUUAUCCAUCGCUUUCCGAGAGAAGUCGCUUAACGUUGUAACUGGCCACACCGGAAGCGGCAAGUCUGCCCUCUUGCUCUCGCUGCUUGGCGAGACUGUGCUUGUAGCCGGAUCCGCGAGCUGUCCCUCCGAUGUCUCGUACGUACCGCAGACUGCCUGGCUGCAAAACGACAGCAUUCGUCAAAAUAUCCUUUUCUACAGUCAUUUCAACAAGGCUAGGUACGAUGCUGUUAUCGAUGCAUGUGCUCUGCUCCCUGAUUUCCGCACCUUCCCGUCUGGUGACGAGACACACGUUGGCGAACGGGGAUCUAGUCUCUCUGGUGGACAACGACAGCGCAUUAGUCUUGCAAGAGCUGUAUACUCGUGCACCGAGACACUCUUGCUAGAUGACGUAUUUUCGGCUCUGGACACACAUACGACAAAUUUCGUAUACGAGAGGUGCUUCCGGUCAGGUUUGCUAGCAGGAAGAACCGUCAUUCUGGUUACCCAUUUACCAGCAGCCAUCCAGGACGCAAGCCUGGUCGUCACAAUGCAACAUGGGGCUGUGUCAGAGAUUGUUGAAGCAGCGCAGCAACUUAGGAUACCUGCUAAGGUAUCAUUGGAGGAGACGGGAAGCGAUGAGGAUCCAGCUUCGCAUAUUAUGGCAAUUCCAGAAGAGGGUCAAGAGUUGGAUCAUGUCACAUCGGACAAUACGUCUGUACUUCAAGGCUCCCCACAGAAGAUCCAGAAGGAAGCGACAGCAGAGGGCCGCAUUCCACGCACAUUGGUUUGGAAAUACCUUGUUCUUUUCGGAGGGAAGCGACACGCCUUCCUCGCCAUUCUGAGCGCCUUGAUUGUUCAAAUAGCAUUCUUCUCCAUUACCUACUGGCUAUCAAUCUGGACUUCGUCGUCGCCCAAGGAGGAUAACGCCGCAGUAGCAACUUCCUCUGGCCACCGUCCGAACUUUUACCUCGCCAUAUAUUGUGGAACCGUUUUAAUCUUCCUGACUUUGCAGUUCACUAACAAUAUCAUUUACCAAGUCGGUGCUUGGCGUGCCGCCCGCUCGCUUCACGCUAGUAUGCUUUCCUCACUUCUGCAUGCUCCCCUCUCUUUUUACACCUUCAAUCCCAUCGGCAGAUGUUUGAACCGUUUCGGGCUAGACACGCAAUCACUGGACACUGUCCUUGUCGACUGGCUUCGGCAAACUCUAGACAACGGCCUCCGCUUCUUUCUUCGCAUACUGGGCGUAGCAUCAAUUUUGCCAAUAUUUGCCGCCCCAGCGGCCGCAAUCUGCGGUCUUGGUUUCGCAGUUGGUGAGGCGUACACUCGAGCACAGGUUGGUGUUAAGAGACUAUGUGCUGUGAGCUACUCACCGAUAGUCACGCACUUCGGGGAUACGCUGGCCGGUCUAAGCAUUAUCAGGGCACGCACUGCCCACCCGGGUAUCUUCCAGUCUAUGCUAGCAUCCUACGUCGCAGAGCGAACACGUGCAUGCGAAGCUCAGUACAACCUCAACCGAUGGGUCUCCGUCCGGUCUGAUCUUUGUGCCGCCGCUGUGAGUAUGGCAGCGGGAGCUGUAGCGCUCUGGAAAUCGAACUCCGGUGUCUCACCAGGCCUGGUAGGCUUUUCCUUGACAAAUGCCAUCGGAUUAAGCCAGACGAUCUUGACCUUGGUACGGAACAUGAACGAGUUGGAGGUGGAGAUGAAUAGUUUUCAACGUGUGUCCGAAUACGCACACAUUGCUCCUGAAGAUGCGAAAAGGUUGCCUCUUGGCUCCGAACUAGUGUUACCGCCAUCUACGGGUAAAAUAGAUUUCCACAACGUCACGGCCAGAUAUACAGAAGCCGGGCCGCCUAUCCUGUCGGACCUCACACUUUCUAUCCGACCCGGCACCCGUAUUGCCGUUGUAGGCCGUACUGGUAGUGGCAAGUCGACCCUCGCUCUCUCCCUCCUUCGCUUCACACAACUGUCUAAGGGCACCAUCACUAUCGAUGAUAUCUCAAUCCAGGACAUAGGCCUGGAGACAUUACGCAGAGACCUGGUGACCAUGAUCCCGCAAGAUGCGAUCCUUUUCGAAGGCUCGAUACGCGAGAACCUCGAUCCCUUCAGCUCUCACAGCGACGCGGAGCUGCAAAGUGCAUUGGACGCUUGCAGCAAUAUAUCCACAUCGCCGUCUGCCGCCACAAACCAGUUGCUUCGCCUCGGAACUGCAAUUCACCCGCAUGGUGCGAAUCUAAGCCAUGGCCAGCGCCAGAUCUUGUCGCUUGCGCGUGCGCUAGUGCGACCCUCCCGGAUAAUGCUGCUAGAUGAGUCCACGGCGAGCGUGGAUAGCGCGACCGAAGCCCGUAUGCAAGUCAUCAUGGGCGAGCAGUUUCGUGGCCGCACGGUAGUGGCUAUAUGUCAUCGGCUAAGAGGAGUCGUGGGGGGCUUCUUUGAUCAAGUCCUCGUUUUGGGGAACGGAGAAGUUAAGGAGUAAGUAUAUCUUUUUCCUUUCGUU